AUGGAAAAAUUGAUAUAUAUAUAUAUACGUCAUGCUCCUGAACAUUUACAUACACAUCCAUGGCAAAUGAUAUCUUAUGAAUUAACAGAUCUAUCAAAUAUAUUUAGAACUUGGUGUUUAGUUGAACAUGAAUUAGUACAAAUAAAAAUUAAUUUUCAAGAAUAUUUUAUAUCAAUUGGUUAUGAACGUGCAAUACAUAAUUGUUCAACUAAAGUUAAUUGUUUAUUACCAUGUUGUUCAUAA